UUUCAAUUCAGCCUGGUUUAAAUGUGGUAGGCUAUAGAGGUAUGUAAUAGCUGUUAUUUAAUAUAGCAAUAAGGACUUUCCCUAAUGUUUCAUACCAUUUUCUGUACACAUUUAAAAAUAUAUAUUUAAAAAAUAUUUUCACAUUUUGUAUUAACAUAAUUGCAUCCAUGUAGACCUACCUAGUGUAAAGUAGGCCUAAUGUUUAAAAAUAUUUGGAAAAUACCUUCCAUUAUCCAUAGCAUAUUAUAUGCAAUAAAUCGAGAAUAUUCGUGUGAAAAUGUAUGUCAGGUAAGGUUCAAUGGACGACCUUGACCUGUAGUUAACAAUUACCCUAAUACACAACUCUGUGCUCCGGUGCAGCAGCCAGUGCAGUUGGAGCUCGGCGGUUGAAAUGUUCCCUGGACUCCCUGAUGUGUGUCAAAUCAGUUCAGCACAGCUGGGACUGGGACUGGCGAUAUUUUAGUUAUGACUUCCACUGAACUGCUUUAGAAAAAUGCACGAGCAAAACACAUCAGUUUCCGAUGCUGAGUUAAUUUGUUUUGGGAUUUGAGGUAAUCAUUUGUAAAAAUGUAUUUUGUUGGCUUAUUCAAAUAGCCAUUUGGGAAUUGUUUUGCGCAAUAUUCAAAAUAACCCGUCAGUGGAUUUUCAUGACACGACUAAUUGUUUGCUUGAAGGAACCUUCGAACAAGAUAAUCAUUGUCCCAUUUAAUUAACUGAGGUUUGGGGUUUCUUCAGGCAAACAAUUAGUUGUGUCAAGAAAAUUCGGUGUUUAAGGACCGGACUGGUCAGAGUGUAACUUUUUGACAGUGUCUAAAUGGUAGGUUUACUUCAGUUAGGGUAGAUAACAAUUAAUUACCGUUUAGCUCUGAAGCAUUGGUCAUGGUGCGAGCUAAUGAGUUUUGAUGAUCUAUUGCUCGUUAGACCAAUUUUGUCUUUUCUAAUUAUUUGUUCACAAUCUAGAUGGAUAUUUGCAUGGGGUCUUGUUUAGCAGACAAGGACGUGCAUGUAUGUAGUCAAUAUUUGAUCACUUGACUUAUUAUUCUUAGGUCUAUUGACAGACUGCCGAAAGAAAUGGCACACAUGGGGCCACAGACGGCUUCAUCUUUUGGAUCUUGAAUUGGACCACAACCUUUUAAUUAAAUUAGUCGAACGCUCAUUAAAAACAAUUGAAAAUAUCGUGUCCAACUGCAUCUUAAGUAUUCCUACCUUUGAUAAUGCCAAUAUCUAAUGGCUUCUGCGUUGUAGAUUUUCUUAGUUAUCUAUAGCCUAAUAUAAUACAGGUUUUUACAUUCAUGUCAACCUAACAAUUGACGUUUCUAUCUUUUGGAAAGUACGAAAUAUGACUCAUCAUCACACACCCUGAUGACCCAAGCCUCCUUUUAUAAACUGAGCUAUAUGACUCGCCUAGUUAAAUAAGGGUUCAAUAUUAAUACAGUAGGCCACACACCAUUUAUCUACUGCAAUCAAUUUCUCUCGCACGCUCGGGACUAUAGGCCAACCCAUGUGUAUGUGCGUUAUGUCUCCUAAUUGUUUUAGGCCUAAGCCUUGUCUUUUGCGACAAGCAAUGUAUAGACGGUGCCAGACGCACGGCAGUGGGGUAAGCUAUAUUACAAUGCAGGGACCAGAGGGCACGGGAGUCUCAUUGCAGGUGGUUGCCGUCGGGGACCGUUUUAGCCAGCCAUGGGUUGGUCCUGGGCAGGAGGGCCAUGAUCGUUCAAAAGGUGCAGAUGAAACGCGGAUGCUGCUGGAUGUGUGUGAUGAUGGGACGUCUGUGUGGCAUAUUUGACUAUUUUCAUAUGUGGUCGUGCCUCGAUAUGGGAUGGGGUGCUUGCCCUUGCAGGUACGGCAGUAACCCUCAAGACCCGGGUGGAGUGUCACAGACUCAACUCUAUGUUGCCAUAAGCCUUUUAUUUUAUUAUUCACGAUUUUAAUAUAUAUUAUUCAAUAGGAGUUAUAAUACCACAUUAAAGAAAAUUUUUACUUUGGCCAAUUAGCAUAAUGCGUCUUAUGGACAGAUGAUGUAACAAAAUGUAAAUGACAUGCCUGCAGGGAGACAGAAAUAUUACAGUGCUGGAGCUGAGCUAGAGGCUGACUGUGACCUUAAAUCAUCUCUGGCAUUUCUAACACUCUGGCCCAUUAUUUUAAUUGAGGACCCCCAAACGAGCCCAUUUUAUUGCUUGAGGCCCCCAUUAUUAGCCAGAUAAUUCUACUUUUGCGAAGAAAAAAACAAGUUAUGCAGGCAAAAAAUGGACCAGCCCUUCUGGCAUUUGCCCGAAAUGCCAGAUGGCUAGUCUGCCCCUAUGGGACACUGAACCACUAGCCUAGAAUUCAGUCAGUCUGGGGGCUGAAUGCCACUCGGACUAGAGGGUUAUUCUCUCUCUUUUUGUAGAAUAACAAAGUGUCCAUUCAUGUUGCUCUCCCCAGGGAACUGGGCUCUGGCCUCCGAACACGUGACUCAAACAGACCAACCUGAGAGCGCGUGUGAAAAUGAACCUGGCUGUGACAACAGCGCGAGCCACUCAACUGCCAUUGACAUUUACAAGGUCUUCCCUUACAGCUGAAUUCUGAUAGACGAUUGAAAAUAAUAUCUAUUCCUGGGUAUAUUUCGGAAUACUUUUUAUAGACUAAAUUAAAAUAGUGUAGGUUAAAAAAUACAUACAUUAUUAAUGUUUAAAAUGAAUGAAAGGUGCCCUAUUUUAGCUCUUUGCAAUUUAAAAAAUCUAGCCUAUAAACUAUGUUAUUACUACACAGUAGGCCUAUGUCUGUUAAAUUUCCACCUGGUUGAGGAAAGGACAUAUCCCUUUCGUAAGCCUAUACCCUAGCAGAGGACUUUCCCCGCAGCUGAGAAAACAUCUGCCUAAAUUCUCCAUAUGAGUGCAAUUUACCAAACCACAUUCCCAUCAAAACGUAUAAGCCUUUGAUCUCGCACCACCGGAGGGGGCCAACCAAGUCGUGUGAACAACCAACAGUAUUAUACACAUGUGGUUGCUGGAAAACCCCGCAAGAUGUCGCCAUGGUCUUGACUUGCACCUUUUGUUGCUUGGGCCCAGAAGGAUUGCUAUUUUGUUCACAGGUUUUAACCCUCAUUAACGUUAAAACCGAGACGCGCAUGACCUGCAUUUUCCAGAUGUGCAUUACAUGUACAAGGCCACUAGAUAGAGCCCAAGUAUCAAAAAUACGUUAUACCUUUUUCAGUUCUUGGCCUGGGCCUGUUCCUAGUUGGAUGGAUUUCGUCAUCAUUACCGUUAUUCGCCCUCCCUAUCUCCUUCACCCCCACUCACCACCCAAACUAUACUAUCUGUGGCCGUUAGGCCUACCAUUCGUUUUUAUAGAACCAAGCCUAUCAUUACAAAAUGCGAUUUAAAUUAUCUGCAUAUAUAUACAAACAACCUCGUAUUAUUUUGUUCAUUUAUUUUAUGAGUCAUUUACGUUUUAUAGGUCAAUGUUUAGGGGUUGAAUGUGCAAAUAUAGUGUUCGGAAAAUACGUAUCAAUACUAGCCUACAUAAAUAAAAGGCUUCUAAAUAAGAAGUAAUUGGCAUUUUUUCGGCAUUUAUUUCCCAAAGUUUCACGAAGGCUCCAAUUAUCCAAGUGUGGAAAAGCUGUGAGUCGCGCAGUGCACUUGAAGGUAACAGAUGGCUGGAGCCUGUACUGCGGAUCGUCUUUUCACUGAACUAACCUAAAACAAAAGCUAAAAGAGAUUGAACGCUUAUUAAGUCGUGUGGGAACGUAGGCCUAAAUAAUGCGAUUUAAAAAAUGUAAUUACGUUUUGGUCAACCUUUUUCGAUUAUUGGACCCACAGGCUAUUCCGAUUGAUAGCCUGUACCUACAAUUAGCCACAAAUAGCCUGCAUGUUGUUUUUUCCAUUUUACACAACUUCUAUCAUUAAAUGAUGUCACGACAAAAUAAAAAGUACCGCCUUUGAAACGGUUUCGAUUUACAAAUCUUUGGGCUUGGUAAUUACGCAAUUGAUUGAUUGAUUUAAUUUAUUUGACAAGUUGUAAAAUACAUACAUAAACGCGCUCCAGCCAGUGACGCCUCCACAUACAAUUUAAGAAAAUCAUCAAGGAUAACACAAUUAAGCUUAUUAGCUUAUGUCCAUUGUGGUCCAACGGUAAUGAUGACGAAAUCCAUUCCCGGUUGUAUCAACCAUAAUCAUCCUCACACAUACACAUAGCGAGGACAUCCAUUUUCUACCAACGCUGUCAGGGGGCUAGGGUGCACGUGGCUAAUCAUACAACGCAGCCGCAGCGUCAGUCACAGGCGUCCACAGAUGUUGCUAAGAGAGCAUCUCAGUGAGCUAGCAGAAGGAUUGGAGCGGAACAUUGGUGAUGUUUUCUCACCAAGUUGAUUUUUGGAUUCUAUUUUUAUUCCUAUAUUUGGUGCAAUGUCGCCAACUCCAAGGCUGAUUUUCAUGUAUGUACUGUUCCUCUGCUGGUUGUCUCCCUGCGCGGCAGACCUAUGCAACUGGAGUGGAAGUGGUUUGGCGCGUGAGGCUGAGGCUAACUCGCGGACUGUGCAGCAGGUGCGGCUGCGUUGCACAGAGGGUUCGGUGGAGUGGGUCUACCCGGGCCAGGCGCUUCGGGUCGUCCUGGAACCCAACCUGUCCUCUGCGCGCCACACAACGGUCUGCAUCAAACCGUUCCGCAGCUUCAACGGUGCCAGCGUCUACAUCGAGCGGGCUGGGGAACUUGACCUGUUGAUGACGGAUGGAGGGCGGCCGGAGCAGGUGUUCUGUUUCCCGGCGGACGGACCUCAGAAGCCAGCCAUCUUCCUCCUGGCGAACCCGCAGAGGGAUAUCAGCCAACGCGCAGUAGGCUUCAGAUAUGAGUUGCUGGGCAAUCGGACCACUGCGCCCAACCUCGGCCAAAGUGUGUUGCAGGCUAGCUGCCGUCCCUGCAAUGACACAGAGCUCCUCCUGGCCAUCUGCAGCAGUGACUUUGUGGUUCGCGGCUCCAUCAGGAACGUAUCCCACAAUGCUGAGCGGCAGACAUCGUUGGUGGAGGUCUCAGAGGGGAGGGUGUACCGGCAGCGUAGCGGGGUGUUCGAGCGCCACACUGGCACCAUAGGGGUUCCCGGUUCCAGUUCCUCAUGGCACGGUCACAUCCACACACUGUUACAGUGUCACGUAAAGCCUGGGGGCGGAGAGUUCCUAUUCACAGGGACAGAACACUUUGGGGAGGCCUGGCUGGGUUGUGCCCCCCGCUAUAAAGACUUCAUGUCCCUCUACCAAUCAGCUUGGGCGGCUCGUCAGAACCCCUGUGAGUUCCCUCUGGACUGAGGGUGUGUCCCAGUUCCUAGUGGCGAUCCAUGAGCCCUGUGACCUAUAUGUAGGGUUUAUUUUCUUAAAUGGAACACAUUGAGUCUCUUCUUUCUACCCCAGUUGGCAUGGUAGAGAUUAUGUCGCCGUGGCAGCAAGCGAGCGAGAUGAGUUCCUCACGACCACAGCGGUUUGAGAGAUGUUGUCCCUUCUACUCCUCAUGAAUCUAUACCGCUCACAACACCAGCAGGGACAAAUCUGUUGGAGCACUUGUAGAGCACAAGGAGUACAAGGCCCAGGGCAGGGGCCCACAGGGGACCCAUCCAGCCAGCACUAGAGGGGCCACCCCAGCCCCUGCCGGCCCCAGCGGGGAAAGGCUUAGAGAGCCUGGCCCUUUGUCUGUCUCUCUUCUCAACGCCCACAGCUCCCAGAGACUAAAAACGGUUUGACUGCUGCUUCACUCUUUGUCUCUCCCCACACCAACUGCUGCUUCACUCUUUGUCUCUCCCCACACCAACUGCUGCUUCACUCUUUGUCUCUCCCCACACCAACUGCUGCUUCACUCUUUGUCUCUCCCCACACCAACUGCUGCUUCACUCUUGCUGCUUCACUCUUUGUCUCCCCACACCAACUGCUGCUUCACUCUUUGUCUCUCCCCACACCAACUGCUGCUUCACUCUUUGUCUCUCCCCACACCAACUGCUGCUUCACUCUUUGUCUCUCCCCACACCAACUGCUGCUUCACUCUUUGUCUCUCCCCACACCAACUGCUGCUUCACUCUUUGUCUCUCCCCACACCAACUGCUGCUUCACUCUUUGUCUCUCCCCACACCAACUGCUGCUUCACUCUUUGUCUCUCCCCACACCAACUGCUGCUUCACGCUUUGUCUCUCCCCACACCAACUGCUGCUUCACUCUUUGUCUCUCCCCACACCAACUGCUGCUUCACUCUUUGUCUCUCCCCACACCAACUGCUGCUUCACUCUUUGUCUCUCCCCACACCAACUGCUGCUUCACUCUUUGUCUC